UUUCUUCACAAACAACGUUAUUUAGCAGCUUAUACAAUGUUUAAGUGUGAAUUUCCUGAUGAAGGAGUGGUUCCACCAAAUUUUGAUGAAGGAGUUGACUCUGAUGUCUUAAACAAUUAUCUUCGAGACCUGGAUGGAUUCACCGGUUCUCAGAUAGAGAUUGGUCAUGAAGCACCGAUAGAUGUAAACAAUCUUAUUCAAUUAGUAAAUCCAGUGGACACAAAUCAAGUACCUACAUCUCCACAAGGACCACCUGCCAGAACAAAUUUAGAGGGAGUAUUUAAAUUCAGGGCAGAAAUAGACAGUAAACAUACAAGGAGAAAAAAGUAUUUAUAUUCCUAUCGUCUAAACCGUAUCUAUGUGGAUGUGAAUGUGAAUUUCUCAGUGGGCUUUACAUGGGAUGCAAGUAAUUUCCCUGGGGAGGCCUACAUUCGUGCUACAACAGUAUUCUCAGAUGUUACUCAAGCUGAGAAAAGAGUUGAACGAUGUUUUCAGCACUCACAUGAAACUGCAAAUUCUCCAGGAAAAUCCAGAGCUACGAUAAUGAAUGUUCUCCAUUCUGCUAGGGAGCAUGGUUCUCCUGAUGUCCAUUACUGUGGUAAUCCAGAUCAACCCGAUUCUUGGUACUCAGUUCUUGUCCGGACUCCUCGACCUACAGAAUUGGCUUAUCUGUUCCUUUGCAAGAGCUCCUGUUCUUCGGGGAUUAAUAGACGCCCUAUAGAAAUCAUCUUCACACUAGAGGAUUUUAAGGGCGAAAUAUAUGGUCGCCAAGUUGUAGGUGCGCGUGUUUGCUCCUGUCCUCGCAGGGACAUAGACCGUGAUGAAGUCGCCGAAGGGCUACCCAAAACCAAGAGAUCAGCACCGCAACCAGAGACCAAGGUUAAGAAGGUCAAGGUUGAGGCUGUUGAAAAAGAUGAUGGAGUUGUUAAAUUGCCAGCCAUUGGAGUAGUUGGCCGCAGAACAGCAAUUCUUGGCCUUGAAGUAAUGCUCAACAUGAUGGAACAGAAAAGAGAAGGCUUAGUAGCUAAUCGACUAAGCACAGAUACAACAUCUGUCAUAUAUAAUUUGGACAAAAGUAUUACAAAUUUAAUGAAACAUAUUAACCAAUUAAAAGGUCAGGAACAAUAGGUUUAGGUUCACUUGGCUUCUUGAAGUAAAUAUUCAUAUAUGUGGCCAGUAUUUGUUAAUCCACCUAAACUGAACUUAUGCUAGUAAUACUAUAAAUGUCCUUAAGUUGUUGUCUAUAUUUUAUUCUAGAGCGACAAGUUGUUAGCUACAGUAACAAGAUGUUGGUAGUAUUUGAAUUUAAGAGAAAUAGAUUAGUAUGAGUGUCGCCAUGUGCCAUUCUUUUCACAUAUUUGUAAUUUGUAAAAAUCCGCCUUUCUGUAUAAUCUCUCUUUUGUAACUUAGUAAAAUGUUAAUCAUGUUGUAUACUACAUUCCAGAUUUUGAAUGUUUCUUAAUUUUGAAUCAGGUACACUAUUUUACAAGUUAAUUUUUCAGUGUUAAGUAACCAGUGUUUUAGAUAUAAGUAAAAGUA